GUGACAUUUGGAAAGAUGUUUGAAGGGGUCACUAUGUUACAUACCGAACCUCUUCUUGCUUAUUUGGUUAAGGUCAUGGUUGAUAAAGUUUGUAAUGGUAAUGUUAUUGUGUCUGUGACGAUAGAUGAGGGUUAUUACUGUAGCACAAACACUUCAAAAUUUUAUUGCCUGACCUAG